CUAUUGUUUUUCUCUGUAAAUCGCAUAUAAAGAAGGAAAGAACGCUCGAGAUACCUGGCAGGUUACUUUUGUUGCUUUCUAUGAUGGCAUGGUGGGAGCAGUGGGGGAGGGACGAAGACAAAAUGUUCGAGGAAGCGCUGGUGCUCACGGAGAACGUUCCUAACAGGUUUGAGACUAUCGCCAGCUAUCUUGAGAUGCCGCUCGAGGUUGUGAAGCACCACUACGACGCUUUGGUUCACGAUGUUGAACUUAUCGAAUCGGGUCCUAUCGAUUAUCAAGAUCACCCAGAUGGAAUCCUCUCACCCGAAACUAAACACGUGGAGAAAGAUAAAAAGAGAGGAAGACCGUGGACAGCAAAGGAGCACGGAGAAUUUCUGAAGGGAUUAGGCGAGUUUGGGAGAGGAGAUUGGAAGAGUGUAUCGAGAAAGUAUGUGAAGACAAGGUCUGCAAGGCAAGUCGCAAGCCAUGCACAAAAGUAUUUCCAGAGGCAAGACAUGGAGAAUCAUGCAAAGAAGCGCUCCAGUAUCCAUGAUAUGACUUUGGUUGAUGAUAAUGAUGCUGAUGUUAAUGAAUAAUGAUGCUGAUGAUGUACCCGCCCCUCGAUCCGACUCGGAAGCUACGAUGGACCCGGCACAUUUUGGUCAGCAGACGCCUUAGUUCUAGCUAUCAUCAGUCCCCCGACGAGGUUUUGGGCAUUACAUGAUGAUAUAUAAAGAUGAUGACGAGAGUUUUAGUUGACAAACUUGUUAAUUGAUUGGGGUUUUUGUUCUUGCUUUUUUCACACUUAAAAAAAAAUUGUAAUAGGAAUCAUAAUAUGUUUGGCCUUGUAUACUUUUGUCUUACUCGGAUUUACGAACGCACAUUGUCUUGUUCAUGCUUAA